AUGUGCCUCAGGAUGCCCCCGCCCUUGCUGCUACCCCUGCUGCUGCUGCUGCUGCUGGGGCCCCGAGCUGGGGGCUGCCCUGUGGGCUGCCAGUGCAACCAGCCUCACACCGUCUUCUGUGCUGCCCGCAAGGCCCCUACCAUGCCCUUGGACGUGCCACCUGGCACAGCCAACCUGUAUGUCUUUGAGAAUGGCAUCACCAUGCUUGAGGUGGACAGUUUUGCUGGUCUGCCAGGCCUGCAGCUGCUUGACCUAUCCCAGAACCUGAUUGACAGCCUGCCCGAUGGGAUCUUUCAGCCACUUGCCAACCUCAGCAACCUGGACUUGAGUGCCAAUCGGCUGCGGGAGGUCACAGGUGAAACCUUCCGUGGCCUGCAGUGUCUUGAGCGCCUCUACCUGGGCAAGAACCAUAUCCACCACAUCGAGCCAGGUGCCUUCGAUGCCAUGAGCCACCUGCUGGAGCUAAAACUGCAGGAUAACCAGCUGCAGGCCCUGCCUGCACUGCACCUGCCCAGCUUGCUGCUGCUGGACCUCAGCUACAACAGCCUGAUGGAGCUGGAGCCUGGUGUGCUGGACACAGCUAACCUAGAGGCCCUGCGGCUGGCUGGUCUAGGGCUUCGGCACCUGUCCAAGGAACUCCUGGGCUCCCUGCACAACCUUCGCGACCUGGAUGUGUCUGACAACCAUCUGGAGCACCUGCCGCCUGCUGUGGGCAGCCUGCGGAGCCUGACACGCCUCCGGCUGGCUGGCAACCCCCGAAUCGCCCAGCUGUGGCCUGAGGAGCUGAGUGGCCUGGGGACCCUGCAGGAGCUAGACCUCAGUAACCUGAGCCUCCAGGCCCUGCCACCCAGCUUCCCCAAUCUCUUUCCCCGCCUGCGCUUCCUGGCAGCUGCCCGCAACCCCUUCAAUUGUGUGUGCUCUCUGAGCUGGUUCAGCCAGUGGGUGCAUGAUAGCCCAGUGGCCCUGGCAAGCCCUGAGGAGACCCGCUGCCACUUCCCGCCCAAGAACGCUGGCCGGCUCCUCUUUCAGCUCCAGUACUCUGACUUUGGCUGCCCAGCCACCACCACCUCCACCCCCACUGUCGCCGAGCUGGUGCCUUCCCCAUCCAGGAAGGUGCCAACCCAACCCAGACCUACAGAGUUGGUCACCCAAGUACCCAACCAGCCAUCUGUCCCCCUGCCCACCAUGCAGCCUGCCCCUGAGCUCCAGGACUGCCCUGCCUCCACCUGCCUGAAUGGGGGUACCUGCCACCUGGGUGCCUGGAACCACCUGGCCUGCCUGUGCCCUGAAGGCUUCACUGGCCAGUACUGUGAUAGCAUAGUGACACUGGACACCAGUCCCAGCCCCGCACCCGCCACACCGAGGGCCUUACGGCCCCUGCCCCUUGCUGUGGAACCAGUGAGCCCCACCUCCCUGCGGGUGGCACUCCAGCGGUACCUGCACAAUACGGUGCAGUUCAGGAGUCUCCGGCUCACCUAUCGCAACCUCUCAGGCCCAGACAAGAGGCCAGUAACACUGCGGCUGCCCGCCUGGCUUCCUGAGUACACGGUCACUCAGCUGCAGCCCAACGCCACCUACUCCAUCUGCGUGCAGGCCCUGGGGACCAGCCGGGGGACAGAAGAUGAGGAGGUCUGUGGGGAAGCCCGCACACCCUUGGCUGUCCGCUCCAACCACUCACCUGUCACCCAGGCCCACGAGGGCAAUCUGCCUCUGCUCAUUGCACCCGCACUGGCUGCAGUGCUCCUGGCUGUACUGGCCGCUGUGGGAGCUGCCUACUGUGUGCGGCGGGGACGGGCAACAGCUGCCCAGGGCAAGGACCAGGUGGGACCAGGGGCUGGGCCCCUGGAGUUGGAGGGGGUGAAGGCCCCCCUGGAGCCAGGCCCCAAAACUGUAGUGGGUGGGGAGGCCCUGCCCAUGGGACCAGAGUGUGAAGUGCCACUGAUGGGCUAUCCAGGACCCAGCCUGCAGGGGCCCCUUGCAGAAAAGCCCUACGUCUGA